AGAAGACUCCUCCUAAUGGGAACCCUGUAGAACAGUAGAGUAGUCUGUAUUAAGUCUGUAGUUGCAGUGGCAAUAAGAUUCCUAGAAACCCAGACAUCUUAAGUGGCAAUAUAUAAAGAGUAGAUAUUAGCACCGUAUAGAAGUAAACACAUGCUGUGGUAGGAAGUAGGAACAGUUAAAAGUUAGGUUAGGAUUGUAGGUUUAUUUUGUUUGCCCUUUAAAUUGCGGGUUAAUAAUACAAAAAUGAAGACUGAAAAUGGUGACUUGAAAGGUGAAAAGUCAUUUGUGAUAGACGUGAACGUAUCAAAUCUCAUUAUGACACCACUGACCUGUGCAUCCCUGGUAAAUGAGAUGCUGAAAGGGCUUUUAUAUCAGAAGUCUCAAAUUCCAUAUCCUUAUAGUUGGAUGAAAGCAGUCCUUGAGAGAAAACGACAGAGAAACGAAAAUGAAUCAUCAGAUCGACCAAUAAACCAUUCUGCUGCUAACCACUUCCGGAUCGUGUCUAAAGCUUAUGAAAUUUUGGAAAGUGUCAUGCAAGGAGUCAUAAAAGAGUUUCGUGAAAGUGUUCUGCCAAUUGACGAAGUAGUGAUUGUUUUUGGUACCACUCCACAAUGCCCUAAAGAAAUUUUCACCAUAAAUGUUUCGUCCCUAGCCAAAGGACACUUUGAGAGAAAUCACCUCAAUGAACUGAAUAAAGCGCAUCCGAAAAUUUUGAGAGAUAUUUUUCUGUCUCAGAGUUGGAUGGACAGUAUCGACACAUCUUUAAUUUGUACAAAUACUUAUGUGUAUCUGAAGAAAUCGGUCACAAAUAGCAAAGAGGAAAGUGUUUCCCAGACAGUUUUUGUUCAGGUUAGACCAUUGAUAUUUUCGCCAAAAGUGAAACAUGUUAGGAUCAAUUUGUGUUCAGAUAAUCAUAGGAAUAGUGAUAACUGUUGUCAGAAUUUGAUGGUAUAUAAUGAUGACAAAGACCAUGACCCAUCAAGUGAAGAACAAAAAUGUGAAAGUACCGAGAAGGAAGUUGUUUGGUUCCAAUUCAGAGAUCUCAUUAAAGGAUUUAAAGAUUGUUUUAUAAACAAAAAGUCUGCUAGUGAACUUUGGUAGUAGAUCAUAAAGUGUAUAGGAAAAUUGGUAAAUAUCUCUCCUGCUGUUAAAUAUAGUUUUUCAUAUAUAUUGAAACGGUUUUGUUGCAAUAUUGCUAGUUAUCCACGGCAAGGCCACUGUUGUUGUAUCUCAUUAUGUUAUAUCAAUUGUCUUAAAUUCUUGAGGGGGUCCCUCUUUAUUGGGCUUCCAAAAUUUUAUAUGGUGGAAUAUUGAUUUGGGUGGUGUAUUGUCAAACUCUAUUAAUGAUGUCUUUGACAACUUACUUCAUAUAUGAAGUACAUUUUACUUUUUUCCUGUUUAUUAAUUUUUUCAAAUAUUAGGUAGUGACAAGAAUUUUAGAAUAUAUUAAAUGUUUUUAGUGUUUUUAUCAAAUCUAUUUUUAUACUAAAUUGUGAGUGAAUUUUAUACUAAACUAAUAAAAUAAAUAACAUAAAAGCAAA